AGCCUCAGUAUAAAAGCCAGCAGUCGAGGAAGGAGGACGUUUUCUACCCGUGCACACACACCAGUCAUGCCUACAUACAGGUUUCGCUACUUCAACGCAAAGGCUUUUGGCGAGGUGUCCCGGCUGCUGUUUGCACUGGCGGGACAGGGUUAUGAGGACGCCAGGUUCACCCAGGAGACAUGGCCGGCAGAGAAGCCAAAUACACCUCUGGGUCAGAUGCCCGUCCUUGACAUUGAUGGGAAAUCCUUUGGCCAGAGUAGCGCCAUAUCCAGAUACCUUGCAAGGACAUUUGGUUUCUAUGGCAACGGCGAUCUGGAAGCUCUAGCGGUGGAUCAGGUUCUUGGUGUCAUCCAAGACGUCAUCACGGCCUUGAUGAAAAGUUUUCAAGAGAAAGACGAAGCCAAGAAGGCUGAGUUGAGGAAGGAGCUAGCGGAUGUCAAAAUACCGCUGUAUUUCGGGAUGUUGGAGAAGUUACUGAAGAACAAUGGCAGUACUGGGCUUUUUGUUGGCAAGAAGAUCAGUCUUGCUGACGUCAGUCUGUUUGAUCUCUGUGAUAAAGUCAAGUCAAUGGUCAAGUUGGCAGACUAUCCUCUGGUCAAGAAAUGCAAUGACAACGUGGGUACCAACCCUAAAAUCAAAGCAUGGGUUGAGAAACGACCAGUUACAGAGUUUUGAUGUGAGAAACGUGAACAUUGUCUCUUUAGUACUGGUAUCAAGAACUUGGUAGAUUAGUUAUUAGGACAUACACACAAUAAUGAGGUAAUUAUUAUUUACUUCAUCUUGAUUUAUUAUUCAAAACUGUAAAGGUAUUUUAUGACAAUAAAACGAACACGGAGGUGCUGUUGUACGAGUUUA